CACUUAAUUAGAUGGGUUAUGUAUACCAUCCAACCCAAACUAUUGUUUGGCAAGGAUGAAUUGAAUGGGAUGGACUCCACUUGACUUUUGUAGAUAUUUAUCAUUGUACCCAUUGAUGAACCAAACCUGUAUAGUAGUCACCACCACCGCCGCCACAACAGAAACGCCACCACUGCCAGAACAGAAACACCACCACCACAACAGAACAGAAACGUCGCCACCACAACAGAACAGAACACCUACCACCACAACCACAACUGAACACCAACAACCACAGCAGAACACCCGCCACCACAACAUAAACGUCGCCACCACCACCACCACAAUAGAAACAUCCACCACUAUCAGAUUUGAGAGAUAGAGAAACAUCCACCACUGAGAAGCCCAGCUUUAGCUUUGCCUGAUUUUUCAUUACAAAUCAGCCCUCCAUUCAUUCCAUACUAUGAGUUUAAAGAAAUGGCCUCCGAUGGAUUUAUGAGAAAAUCAACCCACAGUGACCGGAGCUCCACAACUGAUUCUGGCACUAGCGGUAAUGAUUUAAGCCAUGAAAAUGGAAUAUUGUUCCACCCAGAAAGAUCUUUCCUUUUUGCUCCUUUAGAACCCACUUUUGAGUUUAGGCUUUAAAACAGCAUCUUUGAAUCCUCUACCUUCAGAACCACCUAGAAUCCUUCAGCAUCACCACCAUUACCAACCUCACAUUUAUGGCCGUGAGUUCAAGAGAGGUUCAAAAAUGAUCACUG